AUUCUGAAUAUUUGUUUGGCAUUAAACCAUAAGAAGGAAAAUAUAGAGUUCUAUACGAUCCAUUAUUAGAAGAAUCCAUCGGCCGUUGAGCUGGUACAGAGAAUCUUCCUUUGAAAUAUCCGAAGAGUCCUUUUUUAUAAUAGUGGAUUUCAUUGCUGUUGUCUUCAACUUCAGUUUUCAUUUCCCAUUCUCUCAGAAAACAUCAACGUCUUCAGUUAUUCUACAGAUUUUGGUGGGAUGAGAGUUUUUGGGGCGAGUCUGUUGGCCAUUUUGUGGGCUCUUGCCUGCAUUGAAGGGGCAAUAUCACAUGGGGAUCAGCCUCUCGCUAAGAUUGCUAUUCACAAUGCAAAAUUUGCUCUUCAUGAUCAAGCUUAUGUCAAAGCCUCUCCUACAGUUCUUGGAUUGGGGGGACAAAAUACAGAAUUUGUGACUGUAGAGUUUAGCUCCCCAAGCCCAUCAGUUGAUGAUUGGAUUGGGGUAUUUUCUCCUGCCAAUUUCAGUGCUUCAACCUGUCUUCCAGAAGAUAUCCGGGUUACUCCUCCACUAUUGUGUUCUGCGCCUAUUAAGUAUCAGUAUGCAAAUUACACCAGUCCUAACUACAAAAAUACAGGGAAAGGAUCAUUGAAGCUUCAAUUGAUCAACCAGAGAUCAGACUUCUCUUUUGCACUAUUUUCUGGCGGAUUAGUAAAUCCGAAGCUGGUGGCAGUGUCAAAUUCUGUAGCUUUUGCAAAUCCUAAUGCACCAGUUUACCCUCGUCUGGCACAAGGAAAAGUAUGGAAUGAGAUGACUGUAACAUGGACGAGUGGAUACGGGAUCAAUGAUGCAGCACCUUUCAUUGAAUGGGGUCUGAAAGGAGGAGACAAGGUGCGUUCCCCAGCUGGGACACUGACUUUUGAUCGUAGGAGCAUGUGUGGAGCACCAGCAAGCACAGUUGGUUGGCGUGAUCCUGGAUACAUACAUACUAGUUUCUUGAAGGAGUUGUGGCCGAACUUAGUGUAUAGCUACAAGCUGGGGCAUAGAUUGUUCAAUGGUACAUAUAUUUGGAGUCAACAAUACCAGUUUAGGGCUUCUCCUUAUCCUGGUCAAAACUCUUUACAACGUGUUGUCAUUUUUGGUGACAUGGGAAAGGAUGAGGCUGAUGGUUCUAAUGAAUACAACCAAUAUCAGCGUGGCUCUCUUAACACUACUAAGCAGCUUAUUGAAGAUUUGAAGAACAUUGAUAUUGUCUUCCACAUUGGAGAUAUAUGUUAUGCAAAUGGAUACCUUUCACAGUGGGAUCAAUUUACUGCACAGGUUGAGUCAAUUACCUCAACAGUGCCAUACAUGAUUGCAAGUGGCAACCAUGAGCGGGACUGGCCUGGAACAGGAUCCUUCUAUGGAAACCUGGAUUCUGGAGGAGAAUGUGGUGUGCUGGCUGAGACUAUGUUCUAUGUGCCUGCUGAGAACAGGGCUAAAUUCUGGUACUCCACUGAUUUUGGCAUGUUCCGGUUCUGCAUAGCUGACACAGAACAUGAUUGGAGAGAGGGAACAGAGCAAUACAGGUUCAUUGAGCACUGUCUAGCCUCUGUUGAUAGACAGAAGCAACCAUGGUUGAUCUUUCUUGCACAUCGUGUUCUUGGUUAUUCUUCUUCCUCCUUUUAUGCUGAAGAGGGAUCCUUUGCUGAACCAAUGGGAAGGGACGACCUUCAAAAACUUUGGCAGAAGUACAAGGUUGACAUUGCCAUGUAUGGUCAUGUGCACAAUUAUGAAAGGACUUGUCCCAUUUAUCAGAAUAUUUGCACUAAUGAAGAGAAGCACUAUUACAAGGGCACCUUGAAUGGAACAAUACAUGUGGUUGCUGGUGGGGGAGGAGCAAGCCUUGCAGAUUUCACCACCAUCAACACCAAGUGGAGCAUCUUCAAAGACUAUGAUUAUGGGUUUGUAAAACUUACAGCAUUUGAUCAUUCAAACCUGUUGUUUGAAUACAAGAAGAGCAGGGAUGGCAAGGUUUAUGACUCUUUCAGAAUAUCCAGGGGUUACAGAGACAUCUUGGCCUGCACUGUGGAUAGCUGCCCAAGCAGCACCUUGGCAUCUUGAUUUCGGAAUAAAAGGAACAAAGACAUUUUUAAUAGUUUUGUUGUAUUGGAUUCCUUAAUGAAAAAAAAAUGGGUUUGUUUUUAAAUUUAAAGCAAUUGUUAAUGGGUUGAAUCCAUGCUCUUGAAA